CGGGUGGGCGUGGUUAGGCGCCUAUAAGUACGCGGACUCGCUGGGAGCAGUUAUUGUUUCCUUGAGUCGUUCUGCUUACGGCUGUGGAGGCGCUUCGUGGACGCUUGUCAGUUCUUGCGGUUGAUUGUGUGCUUUGCCUUUUACCUAGCACUAUGGCUGACGUGGUGGUGGAGCAGCAGCAACAGAAUGUGGUGGUAAGGUUGAUUAACCUGCCAUUGGUGAGCUCAACAUAUGACAUGGUAUCUUCUGCCUAUGUGAACACUAAAGACAACCAUCCCUACCUGAAGUCUGUAUGUGAUGUUGCUGAGAAGAGUGUGAAAACGAUCACUUCUGUGGCUCUAACCAGUGCCAGGCCCAUCCUACAGAAACUUGAACCUCAAAUUGCCUUGGCUAAUAACAUUGCCUGUGUUGGACUGGAUAAGAUUGAAGAGAAGCUGCCUAUUCUCUAUCAGCCAUCUGGAAAGGUUGUGGCUAAUGCCUCAGAAGCAGUUUUUGGAGUCAAAGAUGCAGUUAUCCAGAGUAUUGCGGGAGUGGUUGACAAAACAAAGGGAGCUGUGCAGGAUAGUGUGGAGAUGACCAAGGCUGUCGUGAAUGGCAGCAUUAACACCGUUCUGGGAAGUGGUGUAGUAAAGGUCGUGAGCACCCGUGUGGACACUGCACUCACCAAGUCGGAAAGUCUUCUGGAACAAUACCUGCCACCAACUGAUGAAGAGUUGGUUAAGGAAGCAACUAAAACCGAAGGUUUUGAGUUGUCCAAUAAGCCCAGCUAUUAUGUUCGCCUUGGAUCCCUUUCUACGAAGACUCGCAAACGUGCUUACCAACAAGCUUUGACCCGGAUCAAGGAUGCAAAGUGCCGAAGCCAGGAGGCCAUUGCUCAGCUCCAGAACACAGUUGACCUGAUUGAAUAUGCAAGAAAGAACAUGAAUGAUGCAAAUCAGAAAAUCCAUGAUGCUCAGGAGAAGAUCUACAAUAAGUGGGUGGUAUGGACAAAAGGCACAGGGCAAGAUGCCAGUGGAGAACAUGAAAGCACAGAGCAAAUUGAAUCCCGCACUCUGACUAUUGCCCGGAGUCUUACUCAUCAACUGCAAACCACAUGUCUGUCUCUGGUCUCCAGUGUUCAAGGCCUUCCACAAAAUAUCCAGAACAAAGCUCACAAUGCUAGUGCCAUGGCUGCAGAUGUCUAUCAAAAUUUCCGUUCUGCCUCUUCCUUCAGAGAAAUGUCUGAUGGCCUCUUAAACACAUCUAAGGCACAGUUCACAAAAAUGAAGGAUUCUAUGGAUGAUGUGAUGGACUACUUGGUUAACAACACUCCACUAAAUUGGCUGGUGCCUGACUUCAGCAUCAAUGACCAUGCUUCAGAAACAGAUGGCAACACAGAUGUAUUGGUAGAGGAAGAAAUGCAAGAUUUCUCUGGAGCUAAUGGCCGUGUAAUAAACCAAGAAUGAGCUGAUAUAUUCACAUGUACUGCUUUUGUAUACCACUAGAAGCAGUCUCAGCCCUUCACAUAAUAAAUAUGCAUUAGAAAAGUAGUGAAAUGGCAUGGCUACUAUAAAUCCAUUUGAAAUCACAUUAGCUUAUAGUAAAAAUACUUUGUAGGAGAGGAAGAUACAGAAAAUAUGUUGAAAGUCAAAGGGGUUUUCUGAGAUUCAUAUAUUGAUGUCCUAUCAGCUGGAUAUGCCAUCUGUCUGGAAGGGGUAUGACUCCUGGCAUCCCUGCCCAUCAACUGUUUUGAGGGGGACGCUCACUACUCACCAAGCUCCGUGCCGCACAUAGUAUAGUGGCUGUUUUUGGUAUUGUAGCCCAAGCACGUUCAUGUGACCAAUGAGCAUUAAGCCACUGGCCUAUGCACACAACUGACUGGGCCUGCUGUGGACCACGAAUUGUAGUCCACAAUGCAUGGGCAGCUGCAUGCGGAUCGGCGACUCGUUCUCUUGAAUGGGGUCCGCACCGCGAAAAUAUAGUGCCUGCACUACUUUUUUGCGGUGCGGAGGCAUUUAAGUGAAUGGGUCUGCAUCCGUGAUGCGGGGUGCACACAGCCAGUGGACCGCAAUACAGCCACCGCUGCAGUGGACUAGUGUGUCCUCUGCAGGUAACAUGCUCUGUGUGGGAGUGUGAUUUGCUGUUUAGGACACUGCUCCUGUGACAUGACCACACACCAAGAUGAUUUAUAAGGCUCUAUUCUCACAUCCGCAAGUGUGGUCCACAUCGUUCUGCAAUUGUGCAGAACCAU